CUCCUGCUCUCCAUGAUUAGCCAACCUCGCAUCCAAUCAAAUCAGUCCUAUGCAUAGCCACUUUGCAUACAGAGCCAUUUCCUUGCUUUGGCAGUCAACCUCCCUUUGAGCUGUGUGGACUGCAUCUGGUACUGAAGCCUACAGUAGUCUACUCCUGGAUGUAUAAACAGCCUUCCCUAUUCCUCCUAGUACUACCACCACCCUCUCCGCUGUAGGGUCUGUACCCAGGCUAAGAUGCGUCCGUUGCGGGUCUACCUGCUGGCCCUCCUCCUGUUGGCAGGGAUCUGGCUGUCUGGUGCCAGUGUAUCCGACAGCUUUAAAGACUGCAGACAGUUUUUCUACAUGAGGGCAGCACCGACGGGCAUCGACGGGACCAGGGACAGCCUCAAGAGGAUCUGCCAGCACUACGGGGACAAGGCGCGCUACGCCACCCUGUACGACGGCAGCCGUCGCCUGCCCCUCUACUCAGCCUACACCUUUAAGAAGAACGACGGGAAGAAGAGGAUGGACACGCCCUGGAUGUACGAGCCACAGCUGGCGUCUGGGAAUGAGGGUGGGAACAUGAAGGUGCUGCCCCCUAGUGACGACCUGGAGCCUCUGCUCCAGGAGAGCCAGGCGGUGCUGGAGGACUACUCAGACGCCGUGGAGUACUCCCGAGGCCUGCUCAACCCAGACCAGCACCAGGCUGACCCAGAUGAUAAGGCCUCCACCUACACCCUGACCAACGUGGUACCCCAGAUCACAGACUUCCUGGAAGAGACCUGGAGCUCCUACUUGGAUACCGUGCGCCGCCGCCUCAAUAACUUUUGCCGCGGAAAGCAGUCCUACGUGGUAACCGGGGUGACAGUCUCCGGGGCGACCAUACGUCGGGGGAACGAGGACCGCAUGGGGAUCCCCAAACACGUGUGGUUGGCUUACUGUUGCCCACGGUUCGACCGUAACUCUCCCUACGAGGUGCGUUUCAUGUUCCCUAGCUAUGGUGCCUAUGCACUGAAUGAACAGGAGGACCAUGCAGUCAUGGAGGUGCCUUUAAAGACACUGGAGAGCUUUCUGAGGAAACAAACAGACAUGGAUAGUAAUCUGGCUAUCUUCUACGAGGACUGUGUGUCAGAGAACACCUUCAAGAAGAAGAGGAAGAGAUAGGCCUCUCUCUCUGUGUGUGUGUGUGUGUGUGUGUGUGUGUGUGUGUGUGUGUGUGUGUGUGUGUGUGUGUGUGUGUGUGUGUGUGUGUGUGUGUGUGUGUGUGUGUGUGUGUGUGUGUGUGUGUGUGUGUGUGUGUGUUUUAGUUUUUUUUACUGUGAUAGUUUUUUUUACUGUGAUGGGGGUGUAAAUUGACCAAUUGAAGAAAGUUUUAUUUUAUUCACGUUUUAUACUCUUACAAAGUAACUGUCGAUUAUUGUCAUGCACAAUCAAUCAACUGAACUGAAAAUACAAUAAAAAGCUCUCGUCGGUCUCAAACGUGUGAGAAACCACAUCACGAAGCAACACUUUUCUUCACACCUCAUAGAAACGCUCUGAACAAAGUGUGCUGCAUGCAACUUAAACCGACAGGACGACAGUAUACUGCUUCAAUGAAAGUACCAUAGUAAGCUACAGCUGUAAUGUUGUAACGCAAUAAAAAAUAUUCUGUUCAAUGUAGUUUCACAGCCAAUAUUUGCAU